AUGGGGAUUUUCGGACCUGCACGAAACAUUUUUCCCCUACUGCCACCUUACGGCGCCCAUGAUCCUAGUGGGGGCUCUGGUCGGAUUAUCCCACUUCACCCGGACGGCAUCACACCCUACCUGGGUCUACGAGCCCGCUUGUCACAGUCAUGGAUCAACCGAUGGACCAUCUUGCUGCUCUUGGUCCUGGUAAGAGUCCUAAUGGCCGUAUCGAGCAUACAGAGCGACAUGGCCAAGGCCAAGAGCGAAGCACUGUCGGCAUGUACCUCCGUGGAAACCAUGGGCAGCACGAUGGCCUCCAUGCCGCACUAUCUAGCACAGGGCGUCAAUGAGGUGGCAGUGAAGACGGUCAAUGCAGCAAUCGACGGGCUGGAAAGCGUGCUGACGCUGUCGCUAACGGCCGUGGAAGAGCUGGUCAUCUUCUUCAUCAAGGUCAUGUAUCAGACCUAUCUCUGCCUGUUCACGCUGGUCGUGCGAGGCGCCGUCGAGAUCGGAGUCAGCGUCCUGGAAGACGCCGCCGAUUUCCUCAACUCAACAAUCAAGACCGUCGGCGAGGACAUCGGCAAGACCGUCGACACGUUCGAAGACACGCUGAACAGCUUCCUCGAAAAGGUCAACACCGUGCUCAGCGCACUAGGCACCAGCAUCCCAACUCUGAAUCUCACCGAGUCUAUCAACACCCUCGAAAAUGCCCACCUCCCCUCGUCCAUCGACGCUAGUCUCGAUAAACUCAACAGCUCGAUCCCCAGCUUCGACGAAGUCAGCAACUUCACCGAGAACGUGCUUCGCUUCCCGUUCGAGGAAGUCAAGAAGCUGGUCAACGGCUCCCUCGGGAACUACAGCUUCAACGCGUCGGCGCUCUCCGUGCCGGCGAAGAAGAAACUCACCUUCUGCGACGCGAACGACGGCAUCAACUCCUUCUUCGAGGGCGCCACCGACGCCGCGCUCACGGCGCGGAAGAUCUUCAUCGCCAUCCUCGUCAUCGCCGCCAUCCUGGCCUGCGUGCCCAUGGCGUGGCAGGAGAUCCGGCGCUGGCGGCACAUGAAGGAACGCUCGCAGCUGGUGCGCAAGGAGGCCCACGACCCGAUGGACGUGGUGUACAUCGUGUCGCGGCCGUACACGGCGGCGGCGGGGAUCAAAGCGGCCAGCCGGUUCAGCAACAGCCGCGCGCAGAUCCUGGUGCGGUGGGCGAUCGCGUACGCGACGACGCCGGCGGCGCUGUUCGUGCUGUGCCUGGCGCUGGCGGGGCUCCUCUCGUGCCUGUGCCAGUACGUGCUCCUGUCGGCCGUCAAACGCACCGUGCCCGAGCUCUCCGAGGAAGUGGGCCAGUUCGCCGACAAGGUCGUCGCGGCGCUGGCCAACAGCUCGGCGGAGUGGGCCAACGACACCAACACGGCGAUCCUGCACGUCGACUCGCAGAUCAACACCAACGUCCUGGGGUGGGUGAACACCAGCACCACCGCGCUGAACGACACGCUCAACACCUUCGUCGACAAGACCAUCGACGUGCUGAACGGCACCUUCGGCGACACCAUCCUCUACGACCCCCUUCUCGAGGUGUUCAACUGUCUGAUCGGCCUGAAGGUCGCCAGCGUCCAGAAGGGCCUCACCUGGGCCCACGACCACGCCCACGUCGACUUCCCCCUGUUCCCGGACGACGUCUUCUCCCGCGGCGCCGCCGCUUCCAUCAACGGCACUUCGUCGGAGAACGACAGCUUCCUCGCCGAGGCCGGCGACAAGACCUCCAACAAGAUCACCGAGGUUGUCGACAAGCUCAUCGCCGCCUUCGAGAAGGGCCUGCGCCUCGAGACCAUCAUCGCCGCCUUCAUCCUUUUGGUCUGGGUCGUCAACGCCCUCUUCGGCGUCACCCGCGCCCUGAUCCUCUUCGCCAAGAAGGACAAGACCCGCGGCGAGGGCGGGCCCGCCCCCGUCUCCUCCAGGCCGGAUCCCGGUUCCGGUGAUGCAGGGUUCAUCGAUGUGCCGUUGACCAGUCUGCCGCGCCAGCAUCAGCAGCGCUUCGGUCUCGAUGCCGGUGGUGGUGGUGAUGAUGAUGAUGAUGAUGAUCAUGACGCCGCCGCUGCGCCGCGGUACGAGGUCGCCACGCAGAUGGGGCGCGGGGCCGCCGCGAGUACCACUACCGCUUCGACUAAUGUAACCAGUAGUGCAACGACUGCAGGGCUAGGGGUGUAUCCGGAUGAGAAGGUCGGAUUCGCGGGCCAGCGGAACGCAUUACGGGUGGAUGGGGUGUCGGAUCUGCGGGGCAGCAGUUACGUGGAGUACGGGCUGGAGAAGCAUUGA